AUGACAAUAGUUUUUACUCAAACACGACAAUCUGAUGCAAGCUUAGAACCUGUAUCAAAGAAGCUAAGAAGUAGUGUGUGGGCAGAAUUUACAAAGGUUAAAGUGAAGGGGCUAGAUAAGGCUGAAUGCAACUGGUGUAAGAAACGACUUAGUGACACUUCAAAGAAUGGAACAACUCACUUGCAUGGACAUCUGAAGGGUUGUGUUCAAAAAAUUAUCAAGACAAGAAAGCAUGACAAAGGACAACCAUUCAUCAUGCCUAUUAUCUCAGAGGGAAGGGAAGAGUGGGGAAUUGGAAAUUAUAAUCCAGAAAAUGUGAAGAAGUUGAUUGCUGAAGCUAUUAUUAUGCACGAUUAUCCACUAUCAAUUGUGGAUCACGUUGGUCUUAGAAGAGUCUUUGUUGCUCUCCAACCAUUGUUUAAAGUUCCUACUCGAAACACAAUCAAGAAGGAGGUAUUGAAAAUUUAUGAUUUUGAGAAAAAAUGUGCUAUGAAGAUGUUAGAUAACCAUCAAGGAAGAGUGGCGAUUACCACAGAUAUGUGGACUGCUAGCAACCAAAAAAAAGGGUAUAUGGCUGUUACGGCUCACUAUAUUGAUGGCUCUUGGACUUUACAAAGUCGAAUCUUGAGGUUCAUUUAUGUUCCAGCCCCUCACACUAGUGAAUGACUUUGUGAUGCACUUGUUGAAACAUUAUUGCAAUGGAAAAUUGAUUCAAAGCUUUGUACAAUUAAUGUAGAUUAUUGUAGCACAAAUGACUCCAUGAUUAAGAAAAUUAAGAAUAAGUUGCCGUUGGAAUCAUUGAUAAGGGAUGAGUCUUUGUUACAUAUGCGCUGUUGUGCGCACAUCCUAAAUUUAAUUGUUCAGGAUGGGCUACAAGUGAUUAAGGAUGGGGUAGAAAAAAUCCGGGAUAGUGUAGGAUUUUGGAGUGCCACAGGAAAAAGGUAUGAAAAAUUUGAAAAUACCGCUAGACAAUUGAAAAUUGCUUGCACUAGAAAGUUAGCUCUAUAUUGUCCAACAAGAUGGAAUAGCACAUAUAAGAUGCUUGAUAUUGCCAUAGAGUACAAGGAUGUAUUUAUUC